CCUGAUCGCUAAUGGAGACUGGACCUUCCAGACCAUGGUGAUGCUUGAAAUAGUCCCUCAGAGUGGAGAGGUCUACACCUGCCACGUGGAGCACCCCAGCCGGACCAGCCCUGUCACAGUGGAAUGGACAUGGUGUCCCUGUAUUUCUCCGGAGGCUCCUGGAUGGCAGCUCUGACAGUGAUACUGAUGGUGCUGAGCCCGCCCCUCGCUUGGGCCAGGGAGACCCCAUCACUUUUCAUGUAUCAGUUUAAGGGCGAGUGUCAUUUCUCUAAUGGGACAGAGCGGGUGCGGCUCUUGGUUAGAGACAUCUAUAACCGGGAGGAGCACGUGCGCUACGACAGCGACGUGGGCGAGUACCGGGCGGUGACCGAGCUGGGCCGGCCGGCCGCCGAGUACUGGAACAGCCAGAAGGACCUCCUGGAGCGGAGACGGGCCGAGGUGGACACGGUGUGCAGACACAACUACGGGGCUGCGGAGAGCUUCACGGUGCAGCGGCGAGUGGCACCUACAGUGACUGUGUAUCCUGCAAAGACACAGCCCCUGCAGCACCACAACCUCCUGGUCUGCUCUGUGAAUGGUUUCUAUCCAGGCCACAUUGAAGUCAGGUGGUUCCGGAACGGCCAGGAAGAGGAGGCAGGGGUGGUCUCCACAGGCCUGAUCGCUAAUGGAGACUGGACCUUCCAGACCAUGGUGAUGCUUGAAACAGUCCCUCAGAGUGGAGAGGUCUACACCUGCCACGUGGAGCACCCCAGCCGGACCAGCCCUGUCACAGUGGAAUGGAGGGCACAGUCUGAAUCUGCUCAGAGCAAGAUGCUGAGUGGAAUCGGGGCCUUUGUUCUGGGUCUGCUCUUCCUUGGGGUGGGGCUGUUCAUCUACUUCAGAAAUCAGAAAGGACACUCUGGACUUCAGCCAACAGGACUCCUAAACUGAAGUGAAGAUAAUGACACUCAUAAGAGAAAGAACCUUCUGGCUUAGCUACUUUGCAGCAUGAAAGUGUUUCCUGUUGGGCUUUUAAUCCACAAAGAGAGUACUUUCUCAAGAUCUGGUUUGCUCCUGCAGAAAAUCUCCUCCCUGAUGGCUUCCUCAGCCCCUGCCCCUUGACCUGGAAAUCUGGAAUAUUGAAAGCAGUAUCCUAUCUUCAUUCUUUCCUGGUCCCUUUUAUAUUGAAGCCUUAUGGCCUCCCUUUCAUGUGAACACAUCUUUAACCCACAUUUCUUUACAAAGUUUUGCUCAAAUAAACGUGGAGUGAGAAGCA